GUCACGGGGCUGAGGAGGAAAAAUCAAUUUUCAUCAAGAAGCCUUUCAUGCUGGGAGUCAUGCUGGGAGUGCCCUUGAUGACUGACUCAGGGUUUCAGGCAAACAACCUUGUGCGUUUGUGAAACAAACAUCAAGCCAUCCAGGGGAGCUGAGCUGAUUGUAAAUCCAUUGGGCAUUACUGAAAGGCUCUUUGGGUCUUCUACGAAGCAAUUACGAAUUUCUGAAAGUGGCUCCAGACAUUGAAAGGGGAUGUUUGGGCUCAAGCUGAAGAAGAAGAAGAAGAAAGCAGAGAAGGGGUUAACACUAGCCAACAAGGCUGCUCAAGAUGGCCAGGAUGAAGCAAAAGCGUCACAGGAGGGGCCUUCACACCAGGAAGGACUGGGAGGAGAUUUAAUUUAUGGUCAUGCGUCUGUGACCCCUGUCCCUGCAGCUCCUCCAAAGAGAAGAUCAAAACUGUCGACUAAGAUCCAUGAUGGGGAGCUCAGAUCCCAAAACUAUCAAAUUGCCAUCACCAUCAUUGAGGCCCGCCAGCUGGUGGGUGAGAACAUUGAUCCAGUUGUGAUCAUUGAGGUUGGGGAUGAGAAGAAGCAGAGCACCGUGAAGGAAGGAACCAACAGCCCAUUUUACAAUGAAUACUUUGUCUUCGACUUCAUUGGACCCCAAGUGCAUCUUUUUGACAAGAUCAUCAAAAUCUCAGUCUUUCACCACAAGCUGAUAGGAAGCAUACUGAUCGGUUCCUUCAAAGUAGACCUGGGGACUGUGUACAACCAACCUGGUCAUCAGUUCUGUGACAAGUGGGCCCUGCUCACAGACCCUGGCGACAUCAGGACGGGCAUGAAGGGGUACCUGAAGUGUGACAUCAGCGUGACUGGGAGAGGCGACAUCUUAAAGACCAACCCCAAAACCUCCGAUGCCGAGGAGCAAAUAGAAAAGAACCUCUUGAUCCCUCAAGGGUUUCCAUCAGAGAGACCCUGGGCCAGAUUCUAUGUGAGACUCUACAAAGCAGAGGGGUUGCCUAAAAUGAACUCCAGCAUCAUGGCGAACGUCACCAAAGCAUUUGUGGGUGACAAUAAGGACCUUGUGGACCCCUUCGUGGAGGUCUCCUUUGCUGGGCAGAUGGGGCGAACUACAGUGCAGAAGAACUGUGCUGAUCCUGUGUGGCACGAACAGGUGGUCUUCAAGGAAAUGUUCCCUCCUUUGUGUCGGAGGGUAAAACUCCAGGUGUGGGAUGAAGGCAGCAUGAAUGAUGUCGCACUGGCCACCCAUUUCAUCGACCUGAAGAAAAUCUCCAGUGAACAGGACGGAGAUAGAGGCUUUCUACCGACCUUUGGACCUGCCUGGAUUAACCUGUAUGGCUCACCCAGGAACCACAGUCUGAUGGAUGACUACCAGGAACUGAAUGAAGGCUUUGGAGAAGGUGUGUCGUUCAGGGGCAGAAUCUUGGUGGAAAUUGCUGUGGAGAUCCUCUCAGGAGGGGCACAGGAAUCUAAGUUUUCCAAGGCAUUCAAGGAGCUCAAGUCGUCUUCUAAGGACAAAGACUCCAAGUCUUCCAAAGGCUCCAGUAAAGACAAGGAUGAUAAGACCGAUGGUGGAAAAUCCCAGCAGGCUUCAGACAAGACCAACUCAACAGAGGUCGAGGUGGAAACUUUCGAUGCACCCCCUGAGAUUAUACCAGAAAAAUAUGAGGAAUUUUUACUCUUUGGAGCAUUUUUUGAAGCUACCAUGAUUGACCGGAGGAUUGGAGAUAAACCCAUUAGCUUUGAAGUUUCUAUUGGUAAUUUUGGGAACCUGCUUGAUGGAGGGUCCCAUCAUGGGAGUAAGAAGAAGUCAGCAGAAUCAGCUCAAGAAGACAUCCUCCCAUUGCUGCAUGAAGGAGAAGGGGGUGCAGCCCAUAAUGGUGCCAUCCCUAUGGUCUCCACCACUCACCCAGAGAAGCCACUUGUGACAGAAGGGAACAGGAAUUACAACUAUUUGCCUUUUGACGCCAAGAAGCCCUGUGUGUACUUUAUCAGUUCUUGGGGAGACCAGACGUUUAGGCUGCAUUGGUCCAACAUGCUGGAGAAAAUGGCGGACCUGCUGGAAGAAAGUAUAGAAGAAGUGAGAGAAUUGAUCAAGAUUUCAGAGAAAGCAUCAGAAGAUAAAAUGAAGAUGGUGCUCAGUGACUUCAUCAGUCAAAGCAGUGCCUUUAUCUCUGAAGCAGAAAAGAAGCCCAAGAUGUUGAACCAAACCACUUUAGAUAAGAAACGACUUACGCUCUGUUGGCAGGAGCUGGAAACAAUGGGCAAGGAAGCCAAGGCAAUCAUUCAGCAGCAGAAGAAAAAAUUAUCUCUUGAUGAAAUGAUCCAUGAAGCCGAAAUCUUUGUGGAAAAAAUCCGCUUCCUUGUUGAUGAGCCACAGCACACCAUCCCUGAUGUCUUCAUCUGGAUGCUCAGCAACAACAAGAAGGUGGCAUAUGCCCGCAUCGCCUCCAAAGACGUGCUCUAUUCCCCUGUCGGUGAGCAGAUGGGCAAACACUGUGGGAAGAUCAAAACUCAUUUCCUCAAACUUCCUGGAAAACGGCCGGCUGGUUGGUCAGUGCAAGCGAAGGUCGACCUGUACCUGUGGCUGGGCUCUACCAGACAUUCCGGUGCCAUUUUGGACAACUUGCCAGCAGGCUAUGAAGCAGAGAUGUCCUCCAAAGUGGCUGGCACCCAUCAACCCCCGGCCAGCCUGCUCUACCCAGCCCGGCAUGUCUUUCAGCUGAGAGCGCACAUGUAUCAAGCCCGGGGCCUCAUCGCAGCGGACAGCAGUGGACUCUCGGACCCCUUUGCCAAGGUCACAUUCCUUUCCCACUGCCAGACCACAAAGGUCAUUUCCCAAACCCUGUCCCCAACCUGGAACCAGAUGCUGCUGUUCAAUGACUUGGUGCUGCACGGAGACCAGAAGGAGCUGGCGGAGUCCCCGCCUUUGGUGGUGGUGGAGCUGUAUGACAGCGACGCGGUGGGGAAGCCAGAAUAUUUGGGGGCCACAGUGGCUGCUCCUGUUGUGAAGCUAGCUGACGAGGACUAUGAGCCACCCAGGCUGUGCUAUCACCCUAUCUUUUGUGGGAGCCUCUCUGGAGGGGACCUCCUUGCUGUAUUUGAACUGCUGCAGGUCCCGUCAUCCGGACUGCAAGGACUUCCUCCCGUGGACCCGCCAGAUGUCACCCACAUCUACCCAGUUCCUGCCAGCAUUCGGCCAGUGCUGAGUAAAUACCGAGUGGAGGUUCUCUUCUGGGGAGUCCGAGAAAUGAAGAAGGUGCAGCUGCUCUCGGUGGAUCGCCCUCAGGUCCUCAUCGAAUGUGGGGGCCGGGGAGUCAAGUCCUGUGUGAUCCAGAGCUACAAGAACAACCCGAACUUCAGCAUCCAGGCAGACGCUUUCGAAGUGGAGCUGCCUGAGAAUGAACUUCUGCACCCGCCCCUCAGCAUCUGCGUGGUGGACUGGAGGGCUUUCGGGAGGAGCACCCUGGUGGGCACCUACACCAUCAACUGCUUGAAGCAGUUUUUGUGUAAAUCCAAGGAGCCCCUGGCCCUCACCUCACAGGUGGACGGAACCCAAGCUGAGCAAGCUGCUUCAAAUUCGCUAGUAGCCGCUGAGCCCUCUGGAUCCCUCAGCUCCUCCCAGGAGCCGCCAACAGAUCAGAUCUAUGUGGAUGUUGAGCCUCCUCCCACCGUGGUACCUGACUCUGCCCAGAUUCAACCAACCAGCAUGGUUGACAUCCCUGACUCAUCUCCUAUGCUUGAGCCUGAACCCAAACCUGCAGACGAGGAGCCGCCAAAAGAUGGCAAAGCUAAGAGUGUCAGGAAACCUACCCGAAGGUCAACCAAAAGGAGAAGGAGGACCAUAGCGGAUGAAUCUGCCGAAAACGUCAUUGACUGGUGGUCCAAAUAUUAUGCCUCCCUGAAGAAGGCACAGAAGGAGAAGGAGAGCAAUCCCACGGAGAAAAGAGGCAAUGCAGGGGUGAAACCAGACGAGGUGGUGGUAAAUAUAGAAGAUGGGCCAAAGAAGAAGAAAGACAAAAUGCUCAAGAAGAAACUCAAAGAAGAAAUCCCCAACCUGGCGGUCUUGCAAAUAUAUGAUAGUGACCUUGAGAGUGAAUUCAACCAUUUUGAAGACUGGGUGAAAACCUUUGAACUCUUCAGAGGCAAAUCUACAGAGGAUGACCAUGGCCUCGAUGGGGACCGGGUCAUAGGGAAGUUUAAGGGCUCCUUCUGCAUCUACAAGAGCCCCACGGAUUCCAGCAUUGAGGACUGUGGGCAGCUGAGAAUCCAGCAAGGGGUUCCUCCCAACCACCCGGUCAAAGUCCUGAUCAGGGUGUACAUUGUCGCGGCAUUUAAUCUCAGCCCAGCUGAUCCGGACGGCAAAGCAGAUCCCUACAUUGUGAUCAAGCUUGGCCAAACAGAAAUCAAAGACCGGGACAAAUACAUCCCCAAACAACUGAACCCAGUAUUUGGAAGGUCAUUUGAGAUCCAGGCCACGUUCCCGAAGGAGUCCCUGCUCUCCAUCCUCAUCUACGACCAUGACAUGAUCGGGACAGACGACCUCAUUGGCGAGACCCGGAUCGACCUGGAGAACCGCUUCUACAGCAGACACCGAGCCAUCUGUGGCUUGCAGAGCCAGUACGAGAUAGAAGGAUACAAUGCCUGGAGAGACACCUCCAAACCCACCGAGAUCCUCACGAAGCUCUGCAAAGACAAUAAACUGGAUGGACCCUACUUUCGCCCUGGGAAAAUACAGAUAGGAAACCAGGUCUUUUCUGGAAAAACAGUCUUCACGGAGGAGGACACUGAUGAGACGGUGGAGUCUUACGAGCACCUGGCCCUCAGGGUUUUACGUUCUUGGGAGGAUAUACCAGAGGUUGGGUGUAGGCUGGUUCCUGAGCACAUAGAAACUCGGCCGCUGUACCACAAGGAUAAGCCAGGAAUGGAGCAGGGCCGCCUGCAGAUGUGGGUGGACAUGUUUCCCAAAGAUAUGCCUCAACCUGGACCUCCAGUUGACAUUUCGCCAAGGCAACCGAAAGGGUAUGAAUUGAGGGUAAUCAUCUGGAACACUGAAGAUGUCAUUUUAGAGGAUGAGAAUAUCUUCACAGGACAAAAGUCAAGUGAUAUUUAUGUUAAAGGGUGGAUAAAGGGUUUGGAAGAUGACAAGCAGGAGACAGACGUGCAUUACAACUCCUUGACUGGCGAGGGGAACUUCAACUGGCGCUUCCUGCUUCCAUUUCAGUACCUCCCAGCUGAGAAGCAAAUGGUCAUUACGAAGAGGGAGAACAUCUUUUCCUUAGAGAAGACGGAGUGUAAGACACCAGCCGUGUUGGUGCUUCAGGUUUGGGAUUUUGAAACACUGUCCUCAGAUGACUUUCUGGGCUCCCUGGAAAUGAACCUCAAUAGCUUCCCCCGAGCCGCCAAGACUGCCAAAGCCUGCGAUCUCGCCAAGUUUGAAAAUGCAAGCGAGGAGAGCAAGAUCUCCAUAUUCCAGCAAAAGCGUGUGCGGGGCUGGUGGCCUUUUGCUAAAAGCAAAGAACUCACAGGCAAGGUUGAAGCCGAGUUCCACCUAGUUACGGCAGAAGAAGCUGAGAAAAAUCCUGUCGGAAAAGCCCGGAAGGAGCCAGAGCCCCUGGCCAAGCCCAACCGCCCAAACACCUCCUUCUCCUGGUUUGUGAGCCCCUUCAAGUGCCUGUACCACCUCAUCUGGAAGAAUUACAAAAAGUACAUCAUCAUCGGUUUCAUUCUGAUUGUCCUCAUCAUCUUCCUGGUCCUCUUCAUCUAUACCUUGCCCGGAGCCAUCAGCCGAAGGAUCGUCGUGGGCUCCUAGAGAAUCUUGGAGGACCCAGACCCUCCCAUUCUACUUACUCUCUCUUCUUCCUCAUUUCUAAAUGUGUGAGAGCAUGUGCUCUGUGCAGGCACCCAUGCUGGGUGCUAAAGGAAUGAACCCAAAGGCCCAAGAACCAGUCCCUCUUUCUAAGCACAGAUCAGCCCUUUUUGGAGAACAUGGGAAAGGAGCCCCUCCUCCCUGCCUCAACCCCUGCCACCACCUUUUAAACUCACGAGACUUAAGCCAUGUUUCCACCCAUGGGCAGCAUGAAAUUAUGACUCCUUUGCCUCAGAGUAAUCAAUGGUGACCUCAAAUUGACUUAGGUGAAUGUUUUCUUUAUGCAAUUGGUUUUAUUCUGAGAGAUCUGAUUCUGGGUCUGAGAUUUAUUGAAAGUACUUUUUUUUUUUUAAAUAAAAUUUUUACAGCAAAUAAACUGAAAACAUUUCAGCAAAUUACUAGACAUUUAACCUGUCCCAUAUAUCUUAACCUCGUUUAAUCCUUAUAGUUUGUAGAACACAUUCACUUACUCAGGCCAUGAAACUGGCUUGGAGAAAACUUUGUAUCGCCUAAAAUACUUUGUUACUGAAGUUCCCAUCUAGAGAUGAGGUGUUGCUGGUUUCCCAUCAAAGUCAACACUUUUCAGAAUAUUUUCCAUAGUAAUGCGUUCUCGAGAAACCCAUUUGGAUUUAUGCUCUAUGGCGAUUUCCAAGUGGGAAUUUUAUGAAUAUGAAAUAUAAUUUUGUGUGAGUAUGCAUUGGGGGAGGGGAGUGGCCCGCCAUGAUACCGGUAGAAAUUCUCUUUAGCCAGAUAUCUAAGUGCCACCAAAUAUGAUAUUCCCAAAGACCAUGUUAUGAAUGACCAUCCUGGGCACAAUUUAGCACUUAGUCUAACCACCAUAUGUAGUAGGUACCAUUAUGACACUCAAGCACAAAUUAAUUUUUUUUUUUUAAAUUUUUUUUUCCACGUUUUUAUUUAUUUUUGGGACAGAGAGAGACAGAGCAUGAACGGGGGAGGGGCAG